UCCUUCCUUCCCAGCAAUGCUGAUACUCGGAGAGUGAAAGGCGCAUGUGCGUGUUCGGUGCUGCAGUCUGAGGAAGCACAGGUGCCUUCACUAUUGGAUGUAGCUGUUGAGUGGAAGCAUGAGAAGGAAGCUUCGGCCAUCCUCCCUGAAAAGCAGCUUCUGAGGAGCCGAACUAGAAGUAUUUAUGGUCUUGUCACAUCGUUAACCUUGGGUAGCAGUUGAAGGCAGCCCUGGAGAGGAGACUACUUUGUAGGGGGGAGGGGAGGAGAAGUGGCACCCCGUUAUUGCAAAAUGAGGGGGGCAGCUGCUGGUUUUAUCCUCUCAAUGUCAGACCUCCCCCCUGUCUGUCCCUUUCUGCCCCCAGUGGAUUAUUGGAGCCCUCUGGAUGGAUAAUAGAAAGGUCGUCUUCUUCUGAUCCCUUUCCAUACAGCUGUUGGGUUCGGAUCCAAUAGAAGGAGAUUUGAACAGACACCUCUGAGUGGAAGAUUGGGGGUAGCCAGCCCCCCCCCCCCUUCUCCGUCCACCUGAGACCUUCACCUUCUCUGAGCUAACAUGGGAUGUAACAUGUGUGUGGUUCGGAGACCAGAGGAGCAUUACAAAGUGAUGCUGCAGGUCAAUGGUAAAGAUCUAUCACGAAUUUCGCAGGAGCAGACACUUGAGACACUACGCACCACUAAAGACCCUCUCCUGAUCCAAGUUCUAAGACGCAGUCCACGUAUGAAGGGAGUCCUGUCAGCCUCCUCCAAUGACCUUCAAUAUGUGGAUAGUGGAACACAGACUGAUAUCACCUUUGACCAGAUCAUGACAAUGGGCAAAGCACGACCCCCCAGUCCUGCCAUGGUUGUUCUUGAACCGUAUGUACUCUCAGAGCUCCCUCCAAUUGGAAAUGAGUUCUAUGAACCAGGGGAAUAUAUGGAUGGCAUGCAGCCAGAUGUGGAGCGUGCUGAUGAACUGGAGUAUGAAGAAGUGGAAUUAUGUAAAACCAACCAUCAAGAUAAGCUUGGUCUAACAGUUUGUUACCGCACAGAUGAUGAAGAAGAUCUGGGAAUUUAUGUAGGAGAGGUGAACCCAAACAGCAUUGCUGCAAGAGAUGGCCGAAUUAGAGAAGGAGACAGAAUUCUUCAGAUUAAUGGCAUGGAUGUCCAAAACAAAGAGGAGGCAGUGGCCAUACUAACACAGGAGGAAAACACCAACAUCUCCUUGCUAGUUGCUCGUCCAGAGAAUGAGAUGGGCAGGAGAUGGAAAGAUAGCGACAGAGAGGAUUUCUUGGAUGAUUUAGUAUCUGAAAAUGAAGAGGAACUACAAACACAAAGAGUGACAUCUCCGCUUCAGCAGCAGGUAGAGAAUGAGGAUGCAGAAGCAAGUCCUAAAUCCCCUCAUACGUUUCCACACACUCCUGGCCUAAGUCGCAGUCAGGAGCUGGAUAGCGGAGUUGGGCGAACAGAUGAGAGCACUCGCAAUGAUGAAAGCUCGGAACAUGACCUUUUGGGAGACGAACAAACAAGCAGUGCAAAUACACCAGGCAGCCAGCGUCGUUUGCGUUUCUUGCGAGCAGAUAACCAGAAUCCUCUUCAGUGUCGAGAAUUUCAUCAUAGUUUGGACUCCCUGCUUGCAGCUGAUGGGUCAGCCCCUUACAAUGAAGUUCUUCCUCCAGGUGCAGGAUUCACAGAUGAAGAGUAUGAGAGAUAUAGAGAACUUCUUGAAAUUACAUGUCAUAUGGAGAAUGGUAAUGGACCAGCCUUCCUCUAUGCGUCACGACAGGGCGGAUUGGAUGUAAAUCGCAAUGAAAGUGUUCUACGGGAAAUGGCAGUUCUGGAAGAGGAGUUGAGACAUUUGGAAUUUAAGUUUCGCAAUGUUUUGCGUGCACAAAAGAUGCAACAACUACGCGAACGUUGCAUGAAAGCUUGGCUACUUGAGGAGGAAGAGAGUUUGUAUGGCUUUGUAGGAGGGGGUAGUGCAAACAAUGAAAGUUCUACCAAGCUUCCAGACAUCACUGAAUUACCAGAGAGAUCAGACAAGGACAGUACCAGUGCAUAUAACACUGGGGAGAGCUGCAGGAGCACUCCUCUUAUGAUGGAGCCACCAUUACCUUUGGACAGCCCCUUGAGGAGAAACAAUGAUCCUUCAGGAUCAUUUUGCAAAGCAGCAGAAAGCCUUCCCUCUAACAGUAAUUUAAACAGAGGACAUUGCAAAAAUAUACCUUCAUACCCUGAUAGUCCUGAGCCAGUGCCAUCUAAAUUUAGAUCUUUGUGUCGCGAUGGAAGGCCCCCAACAGAAGAUAGGUUAAGAAGAGGAUCAAAACCAGGAAAUGAGCUUGAAAGGGGAAGCCGUGAGAGUAGUCCAUACCUAGGCAGACAUCACCGCUCCCAGGGAGGGGAGCGUUAUCGAAGCUGCCUACAGUUGGCCCAGCCAAGAAGUUUAGAUGAGCUUGAUGUGGAUCCCACAUGUGGAAAGAAUAUGGGAGCAUCACAAGGCACGCAAUCCCAAGCUGAACCAAGAAUGGAGUGGAAAGUAAAAAUAAGGAGUGAUGGCACACGUUAUGUAGCUAAACGCCCUGUAAGAGAUCGCCUUUUAAAAGCAAGAGCCAUGAAAAUCAAAGAGGAGCGCAGUGGGAUGACCACUGAUGAUGAUGCUGUAAGUGAGAUGAAAAUGGGACGUUACUGGAGCAAGGAAGACAGAAAAAGGCACCUAAUGAGAGCUCGGGAGCAAAGAAAGAGGAGAGAAUUCAUGAUGCAAAGCAGACUGGACUGUCUACGUGAGCAACAACAGCAGCAAGGUGCAGAAGGCAAGGGCGAAAUGAGCAUCAUUGCACUUAGCCACCGCAAGACAAUGAAAAAACGCAACAAGAAGAUCUUGGACAACUGGAUCACAAUUCAAGAAAUGCUGGCUCAUGGAACACGCUCAGCUGAUGGAAAGCGGGUUUAUAAUCCCUUGCUCUCUGUCACUACAGUCUGAGAAACUAACAUUCCUCAGAAUCCCAUUACCAAAACAGAUCUCAAUGAGUAUCUUUGUUCCAAUCUUGAACACUGUUACAAAUUCCACCUGUAAAUUAUCAGUCCACCCUGAAUUGAUUUUAUUAAUUUGUGGUAGAUGUCAGAAGGCUAACUUGCCCACCAGCUUACAUCAAUACGGAACUCCAGUGGCAAGGUCUCAGCACCUUAAUUCCCAGGUUCUAAUACCUACUACAGUUCUUGUAAGAGUGUUUCUUUUUAACAUGAGCCUGUCACUGAAAAAAAAAAAAAAUAGAGCCAGCCUGCAAAAGAAUAUUAAAAUAGACCUUGCAUUACAAGCAAGAGUCACUUAUUAAUGUUGCUUCUCCCAUGCCAAAAUGCUGCAAAAGAAUAAAAAAAUAAAACCGUAGGCACAAAAAAGCUAACAUCUUUUUGCAUGCUUCUAUACAGCAUGAGGUGUAGUCGUACUACUCCACACAAGAUCCGGGGGAAUGCGUAUAAAUCUUAUAAGAUGAGGCUCAAAUGCAAUACAUGUGUGUUUUCUCAAGAAAGAUUUGGGCAUUCCCAAAGAUCUUGCCAGAAGGAGCAAUAUGGCACUCUAGCCUAGGUACAGGAAGACGCUAGGGGAGGCAAACAUAUUUAAUACAUUUUUUUCUUCACAGGUUUUUUUAUUUGUUUUGCAGUGUUUUACGGGUUAUAUUGCAAAAGGCCAUAGAAAAGAUGAAACUCUUUCUGCUGUAGCAUUAGAAAUCAUACUUCAAGGUGGGGAGAGCACAGAGAUGAAUACUUUGGUGAGGUCUUGCAGCUGAAAACAAGAGAUAUGAUGCCAGUGGGUGAAUCCACUCACUACAGUGCACCAAAAGCUGGAACAUUGUUUCUGGGUGGACUUCCGUUCUAGUUCUUCGUUUACCAUGUCUCCAUAUAAACAUUUUGUUACCUUUUUAUGGUUAUUUUUGUUCUAAAUUUUGAGGAUAUAUAGGUUUUUAAAACACAGGGUGAACUUUCCAAACCAGCAUUACGUGUAGAUGUCACAGCUAUAACAUGUUGGAAGCUCCGUAAAUGGACAGUUGUCAAGCAAAGAUGAAACAUUUCUGAAGGCAAUAGGUAAACCUUUGUCAAUCUUUUUGUAGGUGGAAUAAAGCUGAGCACAAUUUUAUUUAUGGAUAUGUGGAAAUAUCUUGCCUUGAUGAAGUAGCAUAUAGCCUUUGCCAAUGUUGGUCUUUUCAUGCAAAUUUAAAACAAACUAUACACUGCCAUCUUGUGGUUACAGAGCACAUGGACAACUAUAAGAACAGUAAGCAACACGAUUUAUGAUAGAAAAAAAUAGCACAAAUGCAGUGUUGGCUGUGAAUUUGGAUACAACAAUCUGCCUUUAAAAUUGUGGACACAACUCUACGGGGCUUUGUGCAUCUGCCUGUCUUGUUAACAAAGUGAUUGUGAUGACUUCUGUUUGACUUUAUUUAUCAAGUUCUCGCUAUUCUGUUUGAAUGUUUGAGAUUAAGAAAAAUGUGUAUGAGCAGGAGGUGAAGGUAUUUUUACUGAAAGCAGAACAAAGAUUUUUUUACUCUUUUAUGUUUGCUAAUUACCUAUAUACAGGGUGAGAGACAUGAUUGUUUCAAAUAACUGAAGUAAUUUUACAUGGACACCAGACAGGGUGUUAACGUAAACCUGUGAUAACCCUAAGCAAUGCAAUCUGAGCAUACGAUUAAAGAAAUGUAAAAGCAGAGGUCGUCUUAGAUAAAAAUCACAUGUCUAAACAUUAGAGCAGCUUAUAUUCUUAAUUUUUUCAUGUAAUAGUGUAAAUUCUACUUAAACCUUCCAAAUACCUAAUGGGGCCAUCCAAAGGUCAUCUAAAGUCCAGAUAAAGAGGUAACAGGUGCUUGAUUUUUACAUUGUGUAAUUACAAAUUUGCAUUGACUUCAGCUGAUUACAUCUCUUGAUUUAUUAUUAUUUAUUGACAUGUAUUUUUCACUCACUGUAAUGUAUAGUUUGCAUUUUCCGAGUUUGUACUGCUUUUACUUUCAUUAACUUUUCUAACUUAUCAUAGGAAAAUUAGAUUUUAUACAAGUGACCCAAUGGAAUGAAAGCUCUGAAAUGUUAUCCUGUUAUGAGAGUGCAAUAACCACUUUCCCGUAUCUGCAGAGGCUUGGGCUCUCUGCUAUAAAUGUAGCAAUACCUACUACACAUAGGAUACUAGGGAAAGGACAGCUAUUACAAUGACUCUAGGGUGUCCAUUAUCAAUAUUUUUGAGUAUUUAAUAUGCUAUCUGAGGUGAUAAUUUGUUGCUUUGCUGCAUAUUUUUCAGUGAGGGCCAGAGAAUUCAUUCCAUCCAUGAAGUAUAUAAAUGUUAAUUAAACCAAGUUUGCUAAUUUAUUAUACUAUAGCUAAUGAUAUGCAGUAGCUACGCUAUUUAUUAUUAUCUCUCCCCCCAUAAUUUUCCUUCCUGGUUUUCUGCAAAUCUCAAUUGUGGCCACUGACAAAUGUCUAGAAUUAAACUACUCUGCUGUUU